GCGGCGGCGGCGGCGGCAGGCGAGCGGGUCGGAGGCUGAGCGCGCAGAGCGAGAGCGGCCGGCGGGUCGGAAGCGCCGCGGAGCCGUCGCACCGGAGACUGCUGUUGCCGCGCGGGCCCCGCCGAGGAAGGAAGCGGCCGCCCGGGGAGGUGAGGCUCGCGGUGCGGAGGGCAGCAGUGAAAUCGGACGACAGAUGGACAGUGUGGCCAGAGCUUCAGAGAGGAUCGGGCCUGGCCGUGAGAGGCAGCCCCGAGUCUGGGUGUUGACCAGCUGCUGAAAAGGAAGCCAGGGGGAGCCGUGCCACGCAGAGGAAGUGGAGCCCUGUCUUCACCGCACCAUUGAUGGAGGACAGAUGGACAGCCGGAUGGCCACUCACGCCUCCCCUUGAGCCUCUGGAGAGUGCCUCUUUGCGGUCGGCCGGACACCUAGGAGGGUCCGGGACUCUCUCUGUGACCCCGGCGGCCGUGCAGAGGUAGAGGCGGCCCGCAGUGCGCGUCCUGACCCGGCUCGUGCAUGCCUGCAGAGCUGCCGACAUGAGUGCCGAGGGCUACCAGUACCGGGCGCUGUACGACUACAAGAAGGAGAGGGACGAGGACAUCGACUUGCACUUGGGGGACAUACUGACUGUGAACAAAGGGUCCUUGGUGGCGCUGGGCUUCAGCGAGGGGCAGGAAGCCCGGCCCGAAGACAUCGGCUGGCUAAACGGCUAUAAUGAGACCACGGGGGAGAGGGGCGACUUCCCGGGGACCUACGUGGAAUACAUCGGAAGGAAGAGAAUCUCGCCUCCUACUCCGAAGCCCCGGCCGCCUCGACCCCUUCCUGUUGCGCCAGGUUCUGCCAAAUCCGAGGCGGACAGUGAGCCACCAGCUUCCACGCUUCCGGAUCUUGCAGAGCAGUUCGCCCCUCCCGACGUUGCCCCGCCUCUUCUUAUCAAGCUCUUGGAAGCCAUUGAGAAGAAAGGUCUGGAAUGUUCAACCCUCUACAGGACGCCGAGCUCCAGCAACCCUGCAGAACUACGACAGCUUCUUGAUUGUGACGCAGCCUCCGUGGACCUGGAAGCGAUGGAUGUGCAAGUGUUAGCCGAUGCUUUCAAACGCUAUCUCCUGGACUUACCCAAUCCCGUCAUCCCCGUAGCCGUGUACAGCGAGAUGCUUUCCUUAGCCCAAGAAAUACAGAGCGCCGAAGAAUAUACCCAGGUGUUGAAGAAGCUCAUCCGGUCGCCCAACAUACCUCAUCAGUAUUGGCUCACGCUUCAGUAUUUGCUAAAACACUUCUUCAGGCUCUCGCAGGCCUCCAGCAAGAGUCUCUUAACUGCAAGAGCGCUCGCAGAAAUUUUCAGCCCUAUGCUUUUCAGAUUCCCUGCGGCCAGCCCUGAUAAUACUGAGCACCUCGUUAAAGUUAUAGAAAUUUUAAUCUGCAACGAAUGGAGUGAUCGACAACCUGCACCAGCACUGCCCCCCAAACCACCAAAACCCACUACUGUCGCCAACAACGGGACGAACAACAACAUGUCCCUGCAGGACGCAGAAUGGUACUGGGGGGACAUCUCAAGGGAAGAGGUGAACGAGAAACUUCGAGAUACGGCAGAUGGGACCUUCUUGGUACGAGACGCAUCUACUAAGAUGCAUGGUGAUUAUACUCUCACACUAAGGAAAGGAGGAAAUAACAAAUUAAUCAAAAUAUUUCACCGAGAUGGGAAAUAUGGCUUCUCUGACCCAUUAACCUUCAACUCUGUGGUUGAACUAAUAAACCACUACCGGAAUGAAUCCCUAGCGCAGUAUAAUCCCAAACUGGAUGUGAAGUUGCUUUAUCCAGUGUCCAAAUACCAACAGGAUCAGGUUGUUAAAGAAGAUAAUAUUGAAGCUGUAGGGAAAAAGUUACAUGAAUAUAACACUCAAUUUCAAGAGAAAAGCCGGGAAUAUGAUAGAUUAUAUGAAGAGUAUACCCGUACUUCCCAGGAAAUCCAAAUGAAAAGAACAGCUAUUGAAGCAUUUAAUGAAACCAUAAAAAUAUUUGAAGAACAGUGCCAAACCCAAGAGCGGUACAGCAAAGAAUACAUAGAAAAGUUCAAACGCGAAGGCAAUGAGAAGGAAAUACAAAGGAUUAUGCACAAUUAUGAUAAGUUAAAGUCUCGAAUCAGCGAGAUUAUCGACAGCAGGAGACGCCUGGAGGAGGACUUGAAGAAGCAGGCGGCCGAGUACCGGGAGAUCGACAAACGCAUGAACAGCAUCAAACCAGACCUCAUCCAGCUGAGAAAGACGAGAGACCAAUACUUGAUGUGGCUGACGCAGAAAGGUGUCCGGCAGAAGAAGCUGAACGAGUGGCUUGGCAACGAGAACACGGAAGACCAAUACUCGCUGGUGGAGGACGACGAGGACCUGCCCCACCACGACGAGAAGACGUGGAACGUCGGCAGCAGCAACCGCAACAAAGCCGAAACCCUGCUGCGCGGGAAGCGGGACGGCACCUUUCUGGUCCGGGAGAGCAGCAAACAGGGCUGCUACGCCUGCUCCGUGGUGGUGGACGGCGAGGUCAAGCACUGUGUCAUCAACAAGACGGCCACCGGCUAUGGCUUCGCCGAGCCCUAUAACCUGUACAGCUCCCUGAAAGAACUGGUGCUACAUUACCAACACACCUCGCUCGUGCAGCACAACGACUCUCUCAACGUCACACUAGCCUACCCGGUCUAUGCACAGCAGAGGCGAUGAAGCGCUCACCCUCGAUCCUUCUCCUCCAGUGCAACACCGCGAGGCCUCUGGGAAGCAAAGGGCUCCUCUCCAGCGUGACCUGAGCAUUGAGCUGCGGGAACGAAGCCAUCUGGCUGCAGAUGGGACUUAGAGCUUUCUUUGACACAAAAAAAGAAAAGAAGUAGUAGAGGAAGACAGGCAGCCUUGGGCUAUAGGAUGAUGACCAUACGUUUCUAAUCCGGAGUGCUUUUUAUUUUUGUUUGUUUAAUUUGAAGCCACAACAACACAAAGAGAAAAAGAAAUGCAAAAAUCUCUGCGUGCAGGGACAAAGAGGCCUUUAACCAUGGUGCUUGUUCAUGCUUACCGAAGCUUUACCAGCUACACGCGGGGACUCUGGAGACCCGAGGGUGGACAGGGCCGCCGAGCCCCAGCCCGGAGAACGCGUGGGGCCAGCCUGGUUCGGCCUGGGCGUUGCUGUGCGCGGUGGACUCAGCAUGGCACUGUGGGUUCUCUCACUUUCUCACGAGUGAAUGAUAUGUAGCAGAAAGGCACUUCACUCCCAAGGGACACUUUGGGAGAACGUCCGCUCGUGUACGUUCGGAGUGCCGGGAAGUGUUUCGUUUGAGCUCGUCAGACAAACAGAACCCAGCCACAGAAGAAGUGGAGCUCGGAAAAGAGACCUUCAAAUGACAUUCAGUAUAUAAAAUAUGUACAUAAUAUUGGAUGACUAACUAUCAAAUAGAUGGAUUUGUACCAAUACCAAAUAGCUUCUGUUUUGUUUUGCCGAAGGCUAAAUUCACAGCGCUAUGCAAUUCUUUAAGUUUCAUUAAGUCGUCGUCUGUUUUAAAUGUACCUUCAGAAUAAGCUUCCCCACCCCCAAGUUUCAUUGCUUGAAAAUAUUGUCAUCCCUGAUUUUUGUUAAUAUUCAUUUUGUUACCUUUUUUUUUUUUAAGAAAUGUACAGGAUGCCAGUUUUAAAAAAUGGCUUCAGAAUUAAAACUAUGAACUAUUUUACAGUUUUCCUUGUACAGAGUACUUGGCUGUUAGCCUGAGGUUAAAAAAGUUCCGAACAGAUUUUUUUUUGGACUAAAUGUUUUGUUGGGCAGUGCCUGAUAAGCUUCAAAGCUGCUUUAUUAAAUAAAAGAAAAAGAAAAAGAUUAUAUAAAUAUGACAAAGUAUUGCAGAGUCCAACGAUGUUGUUUUAAGACUCUUAAAAUACGGUACCUAGCAAUGUUUGUUUCAUAAUGAAUUGUGAACUUCUGGAACCUGGGGAGGGGGCGUAACAGGCAGGGUGGUGGGAGGCAGGGGGGAUGGUAUGCACUUUCUCGUGAAAACAGAGAAGACUCAAGGGAAAGUUGCCUGCCCUUCAGUCUUUUCCCAAGCGGAUGCGGAUGCGUUAGCUGUUAUCAGUGAAUGGCAAUUCUCAACCUACUGUAACUCUUAACAGUGCAGCUGGUCAGGUGUUUCAGUUCUCACACAGGAAGUGCCGGGAAUCUGUUUCGGGGUUCCUGGAACAGUGCUCACCUUUGUUGAGGACGUCAGUUCAAAGAAAUUUCUGCCUUUAGAAAAUGUAAUUUUUUCUUAACAUGAGACUAUUCAUUAUGACCAUCAAACAUUCAUUUUAGAAAAAGCAUGACCUGAAAAAAAUUACUUUUAGUGGGAUGUUUGUUCUUAGCUUUCCAUUCGAUUUGGAACAUAAACAGGCAAGAGCGUACUCAUUGCUGCAGGCUCCUGGAGCUCAUUAAAGUCAUGGCCAUUGCAGAAAUCCAAAUGGUGGACCCUCUCGUUCAUCCAAGUCAUCGUGUGUGUUACACACUUCACUGUGGGGCAGAGUCCGGGGUUCUUAGCAUAAUCUUGCCAAUUUAGGGUGAGAGAGAGAGGUCUCUCUCCCUGAUUUACAUAUGCAAAAGCUGUUAUUUUGAGUAGGAAUUGGUCGGGUGUUGGGAGGAAGGAAGGCAAAUGACAACCAUGGCUCCUGUCCUGGUAGUUUAAAAUGGAAUCUUGCUAUUUCAGCUUCCCCUUCUCCCUGUUCGAGCCAACCACAGCUUCCUUCCCUUUCAGAUACUAAGGUGAGGGCGUUUUGUUUCUUACACACUUGAUCUCAGCCAAAAGGCCGAGAAACGAUGGUGUUUUGUUUUUUUUUUUUAAUGUUGUUCCUUUAAAAAAAAAACUUUGGGGAAAAAAAGGUCGAAGCAGCUGAGUUAACUGUCUAUAGAAUGUAUUAUUUUUCCUCUGUACCUGAAGCUACUCCUACUCAAGAGUAGAACUCGGUCUCACAGCCAGACUGUCGGCCCUCGACUCGACCAUUACUGACCUCCCUCCGGUCAUAGACAAUUGAUGAUUUCCCUGGCGUUCGUUUUGUGAGUGUCGAAGCUUUGAAACUUCGGGUGAUGAUGCUGUUCCACGUCACACCCAAGUCUAAGAGCUCACUAGUUACUAGUUUAUCAGGUAGGUUGGGGUCUUUUUUUUUUUUCCUGGGGGGGGAUUGGUGUAGCACAAUAUGUAUGCUAGUAAAUAUAAUUUUCAUUUACUAUUAGUAAGAUAGAAGGUCUGAGAUCAAAGGUUUCCUUUAAAGCUACAGUUUUGUUCAUGUGUUUUGCUUCAACACUCUUCGCAAGAUGACAUAGUAUUAGGCAGUUGCCUUAUUUUUGCAUCUCACAAGCAGAAGUGCAAUAGACGUUCCCUGGAGCUGCAGGCGGGAGCAGAGAGCAGUGAGACCCCGCCCCGCCCUGCCCAAUGCCUUCUCGAUGGCAGUAGAGCAGGCCCAGCACAUUUGUGCUUGGAAGCGUCAGGCCAGCAGGGCUCUGGGUUCCAUCCGUCAGUCAUCUCCUAAGAACCUUCUCCGAGUGGCUCACGACUACAGUUGCAUACAGCAGAGGCACUCCUGAUAGGAGAUUUUUAUCUGUGCAUCAGUCUCUCCCACCCAUGUCGCUUCCUAGAGGCAGAACCGGAGCUAAGCUGCAGAGAGGCUGCCGUAGGGCUGCAGGUGGGAGCCCGAGGACCUCCGAGGACACUCGAGAGAAACCAUAACCACGUGCAAAGGCAGGAAGCGUGUGUGUGACAUUCGGCAACUUCACAGCCCUGGAUAUAUGUAUAUAUGUAUAUGUGCAUGGACUGUGUUUCCGGUGUGUGCAGUACACCUCUCCGCACAAACAGUUCCACAGUCGUCGAGUUCAAGUACAUAACAAGCAAGUGUUCAGUACCGCUCCUGUGUAUCUGUCUGGGUCGCUUUACUCCCUUUGAGGUUGCUUUGUUCUGUCUUACCGAGGUGAAAAUUGCUUGCAAGUGAAGUGAGAAGUUCAUAAUUUUUGACUUUUUCCUGUGUUUUGAAGCGACUCCUUUAGGGAGUUGGUCUGGAUGAUCCCGUUUAUCUUGGAGAUUCUCAUUUUCGGUGUAUCUAUCGAGUCAGUUUGUGUUUAUGUGAGCUGUCACUGUGGGGAACCGAUUGCUUUGUCAUAUAGCUGGUUAUGAGCUAGUGGUGUGUUUGGGAAGUCCUACUGAUGUUCCUUAUUGGGAGAAAAAGUCUGCUGGUUUUAGCAACUGCUUUUGCUAUGCAUGGUAUCCAAGUGAGUUGGAAAGCAGACCCUGGUAUUGAGUUUAGGGUCGUUUGAGAAAGGGGCAGUUUUUAAGCACAAUGCCUCACAUGGGACAAAGUUCCAAAAUGCCAAAUUCUAUUUUUUACAAAUCUGUUAUAUAAAAUACUAGUACAGGUGGGGAGAGAAUAGAAUUGGGUCAAUUGGAAAGACUCUCCAACUUGAUCUUAAACUUGUCACCAUGAGAUAGCAUUAGCUGCCCAGGAUGCUGCUAUUAAAAAAAUAAAAAAUAAAAAAAAAUAAAA